AUGCCGAUCUUCAAGCGGAAGAGCACCAAAGGCGGCCGAGGUGGCAUCAUGAUCGCUGCAGCUGAUGAAGGCCAUCAUCAGGCGGAUAGGAUGCAGCGCAACGGGUCGCUCCAGACAUCUUCACAACCCCUCGACACGCGAAAUCUGCUGGGCAAAGAGACGGACUACAGUGAGUAUCUCGCUCGACCCUGGCAGGUGCGCAGUUCAUGCCAGAUGGCCCCGCUUCGCGCGCAAUGGCGCCAGAUCAUCGAGGCAGUGCAUCGGAUGGGCUCGAUGUGUGCGAUCGACGUAACGUGAAUGCUGACACAAGUCUGGGUCGGUCUCGAACCAUACCGCAAUCGUCCUGUAAGGGUGAGCAUCACCGCAUCGCAACCCUCGUCCUCUUUCAGAGAGCAUUGGCUGAUCCCGCUUUGCUCUGUCAUGUUGCAGAACAUCUCUCAUCAUGCCUCACUUGACUCGGCGCUUUACGCUCCUUCGAGCGCCUGAUGGCACUAUGGUCACGCCAGAUGCAAUGCGAGCUCAUCUACGAGCGCAGCGUGCCAGAGCAAGAGCAGCCGGAGAAGGAGCCCAUUUCCUCACAGAAGCGGAGGAGGACGAGAUCAUAGACCAGCUGAGGAGGCAGACACAUAUGGAGCAGAACGUGGGCCAGGUGGGUCGUUCUUCGGCAUUGCUCAGUCCUGGUGCCGAUGGUUUCGGCGGCAUCGACACGUUCGCCGACAGCCAGGCCUCUGAAAUGUCGCCCACGAGUGGUUUUGGAGGGACUGAUGGAUUUGGUGACUGGGGAGGAAAUAGCUCGAAUGGUCGGAGCUCGUCCACUGUCAACAAUACUAAAAGCCUUGCCGAGAGCCUGGGCGACUUUCAACAACCUUCGCCCAACUCUACCCACUCGUCUUUCUCACGCGGCGAGGGCUCUCUUUUCAGCGGACGAAGCACCGGUCGAGACAACACCUACCUGCGCUCGUUGGCCAAGGAGCGUUUUGCAGGAAGCGCGAUCGCUAAGAGUGAUGGCUCUGAGCAGCAUCCGGACAUCAUCGAAGAGGAGCGCGAAGAGGAUGAGGGUCAGGGUGCGACUGUAAGCCUUUCUGCGGAUCAGUCCAAUGAUCAGGAUGAUGCUGUGGGGAUGCCAGGCGACUUCACAGCUGUAGAUCGUCGCCCUUCAGAGACGGAAAAGGCGCUGACUGCUCCGAGGCAGCAGCAGCAUCUCGCAGUACCAGGGGCAAUGGGCGCUCUGGAAGGCGGACAGCGUCAAUCCCAAUUGCUCAAUCUAUCUCCAGAGGCCUUCAAGCGCGUCAGCACGGCAUUGGAAGAGGUUUAUGGUAUGGUCUCCGGACGUGUGGAGGAGGGCAGUGGAGAUGAAGGGCCUACUGAAGAGUCUCUUGAAGACGAGGACGAUGAGAGGCUCGACCAGGUCUUGGAACAAGGCUUGGAAGCCUACCCGCAAGACGAUCCGAACCUCCAAGAAUUCGUUCGCAGUCCUAACAGCCGACAUGUGUUCAUCGACAGAACCGAGCGCAGGUCGGUGGACAGCGACGAUCGAUCUUUCGCUUCCGCUCACUCCAACGUCGCUGCGUCGGCGAUUCAUGCUGACACUCAGAAGUGGGAUAGAGACGGCGCCGGUCGACCUGUACACGAUUUCUCUGGCGCUUGGACAUCCGAUCCGGUGCUGUCUAGGCUGGGACCGGCAGACCUGGCCUUGUCAAGCCGGAGCGAACAGCCUUCGCUUCACGUCGAAUCAAUCGAUCGUCGCGGUGGGACUACCCCUACACCUCGCAGCAACGCGAGCGAUCGAGUUAGCGCUGUGUCUGACGCUCGAUCAUCGGCUUUCAGUGGCCUGGCGUAUGACGCAGAUGAGCCUGGAGACCUGACACCAGGUCGGACUCGGAGUAUACCGAAGGCAGGAAGUUCGAGACUAGACGCCUCGGCAUUUCCUCCCGUCGGAUCGCGAAGCAGUGGCAAUGGAUAUGUCGACCACAGUGGCUCAGGUCACGCCUCUCCGGAACAUCGCAACAACACAGCUUUGACGGGCCGAGAGCGGUCCAACUCCUCUCCUAGCGGGCGAGCUGGCGGCGGCGGAGUCCUGAGCUACGCGCCAAAUUCGCGCUCCCACGGCACCAACAAUAUCAGUAUUGACGCUGCCCACGGUCGCGUAAAGGUCAGUCCAAAUCAAGCCGGUGCACACAAUUAUCUUGCCAGGCUGGGCAAGGAUCCCUCUUCGUUGACAUCCCUCACAGGGUCGGCAAGGAGCAUGAGCCCUGGUCAGCCCUCACGAGAACGCGCAGAUUUUGCAAGCAGUGCUGCCGAAUUCCGCCCCUUAUCGCCCCCUCAGAUGCCUCCAAGGCUCGCAGACCUUCGCCGGCCUUCGGAGACUUCAGUCGCGACGACCAAUGCAUCCGGCUCGGGAACGAGCACACCCGUGUUAUCUGCCAACGCGAUUGCAGCUCGCUCACAGCGCUACUUUCCUCGAUCCAACUCAUCGGCGCGAUCGCACGCCGAUGGCUUUCGACCGGCGCCGUCUAGUGCAGCGGCAGCAGUGUCGAGGUCUCCUCUUGCUACAGAGCAGGCCACUAGACAGCGCGCUGGAUCGACGCCCUCUAAAGCUCUUCAGAAUAUCACGCAAACUCCUGCGCCGCCCUUUGGAGAUCAGCUUCUACCCCCGAGGCCAGCAGCAGACCGCUUCUGGAGCUCUUCAUCCUCCGAUGCGGCUAGUGUCGUCAGCACGGCUUCGGACAUGCCACCUUUCGACGACGAACGGGAUGCCGACCCGGAUGAUGUCUGGGCGCGCGUCACGCGCAGCGAUGGAAAUAGGCAUGAUCGAGAUGCUGAUGCAGAAGCUAUGAGACCUAUUUCUAUUUUGCCGCCUGAGGCAGCUGCAAGCCAACUUGCGGAUGCGGGUUUCAAUGUCGGUCAACUUGCUGAGCUCCAGCAGAAGCUGGUGAGAUCCGCCAGUCAGAAAGAGAGCAAAGGCGUGCAGCGAGCCCCAUCACACGGUGCGGCUGGUAAUGCUACUCAGGCUGCCCCACCAUUGCCGACGUCUACGCCGGCUCGGAACGGUCCUCAGCACAGCACGCCGCCUUCCUUGAGCAACGCGUUUGUGCUGAAUGCCUACGACAACAAAACUCCCGCGGAGCAAGAGCGAGACUUGUCCCCCUCGAUACGGCCACUAUCUCCGUCGAGCUCCAAUCCAAAGCUGGAUAAGGCUCGAGAGCGUGCGCGGAUGCUUGCUGAGCGCAACCAAGGCAGUCUGUCCUCUAGGUCUUCUGAACGUGAUUUCAGCAAGGCGAGAGGCCGGCCCAGCGAAGACACUCAGGAGUCAAGCUUCGCUCUAGGGUCGAUGCGGAGCGAAGACCGCGGAUUCGCUACGCCCGAGCAAAAGGUGUACAACAGCAACGACAGGGCUUUGCCGAGUGUGACGCACUCCGGAUCUCAGCGCUCGUUCAAAUCACAGGUGAUGUACGAUGUCACGACGAGUCAUAGGCCAACCUCACCCCCGCCUCGCACCUCUUUGAGCACUCUUCCUACGCUUCAAGAUCUUGCACUGAACAAUUCCUAUUAUUCACCGACCUUCCAGCCGAUUCCCGCCGUCGUCGACCCCAAUCGUCAAUCGCUCUCUUUGAGCUCUGUGGUAGAGAAUGCAGCAGCGCGUGCUGAUCGUGACUGGCAUGGUAGCCAAGACUCUACCUCGAGUCUCCUUAAGGGUUCCGAUGGAUUUCCCGGUUUUCCUGGCGCCUCUGCAGCUGCCAGUUUAAAUGCUCACGCGCUGGCCAUACCCGAGGAAAGCGGAGACCAAGAGUGGGCGUCUGGACACGAGCAGUCCGCAAAUGUUCCCUUUCCUGGUGGAGACGGCCUUCAACCUCCCGUUUCCCAGACCUACGAGGUCCCUACGCAGAACGAUCACGCAGCGCCGCACAUGCUGGAAGCGCCAGUCAACACCUGGUCCGACACCGGCAACGACUCGGUCACACGGUCGGUGGACAACAAUCUCGUUGACGACGUGGAAGCACAAGCACGCGCUGCCACCCUUGCGCUGAAAGGCACCGACGAUCCUGGGCCGCGCGUCGCAGUGCCUCAGCGCGCCAAAUCGCUGAGCAAACGCAAGAGCAAAAAGCUUGCAAAAUACAUUUCGCAGCCGCAGCUCAUUCAGACCUCCCAGAAAAUGGAACAUGCGGCCAGCAUUCCUCAUCCGGAUGCUACUCUGACAAGGCGCGUUGGCAACGCAUUGGCGACAUCUCCCUCUGCCAACUCAAAUGCUCGAUCACCAAUUCCAGCCUUCAACCGUGAGGAACGAGCGCGCGCUCCACUUUUGUCUCUCGGCGGCACCGACUACAGCCGGGACUCGUACCUUCGUCAAGAAGCUGCGGGCGGUGCCCGUCAGGCCGAGAACAGCGCAGUCAGCAAGAGCCCCGCGAGCUCAUUCGGCAGUCCUGCUGAUCUCCCGACUGGUCCAAAAUCUGCACCCGCUACUUCUUCCUUGACCCAAGCACGCAUCGGCAGCGUCAGUGACGGGAAACCCGCUUCGGACCUCUUUGACAGCCCCGCGAAGCCUGCGCCGCAGCGCUCUGGUAGUGGAUUCAGCAAGCUCAUGUCACGAGUUCGUUCACGCAAGCAGUCAACAGGCCCGAUGACCACCCCUAUCGACCCGUACCCCGCUACGACGCCUUCGCCAGGGGUGUCCAGCUCGCAAGGGCCCUCCAAGACAGGGCCCAAAUCCGUCGCCAGCCACCCGGCGGCAAGCAAGGUCCAAUCCGAGCCAUCGCCCAAGUCAAACAAGGUUCUUGAGCCAGUGCCAAGCAAUAGGGCAGAGGAUGUGCACGCGCCACAGACACAGGCAGCUGUUGGCAACGCUCGUGACACAGCUGUCCAGCCUCCAGAGGCAUCUGCUCGUAGUGUGGUUGAGCUUACACCUAGACUGGAAGAGACGAAAAGCAGCUCGAGUGCGCUCACUGAGCGCCAAAAGGCUGGCCUGUUGGGCUCGCCAGCACAUAUACAAGACGCUUGGGGCCAGCAGGCCUUUGAGCAGCCAGACGCCCAGCUCUCUGAUUUAGCGCAGGCGGUGUUGCAGCAGAGCAAUCUUCCGGACCCACAGGACAGCGUCCAGGCGACGCCUCGCAAUGAGAAGCGCAAGUCCGCUCGGGACACCGUCGUCCGCAGAACGAUCAUCGUUGCGACCGGUGCAGACCUCUCUCGUUUGUCGGCAGAUGAGAGACGUAAGGUGAGUCUGGCAUCGAUCUCGCGUUUCAGCCCUUUGCAGUGCACCCUAGACCCUACUGAACUCUUGCCUUUACCAGUCGAUCAUUUCGACAGCAUCCCGCCGCAAGUCCCGACGACCCGGCUUUGGAGACGAAUCUAUUCCCCUGCCGACAGAUUGGCAAAACUACGCUGCUGGCUCAUCGGAACACUUGCGUGCCUCGGAUGACGUGAGCAGCAAAGUUGAGCCGGGUGAGAUGCGCGGCCUGCCAUCACCGCUUCCACGCAACAACACCUCCUCUCUACUACCACCGGUCUCGCCCGGCAGAGCGCCGCAGAGCGCUUCUCGUAGCUCUUAUCAUGGAAGUUUGUACGACAUGUACAUCGACGACGACGAGACACCCCAAGCUGGAUCCAUACGCUUUCCAGCUUCAGCUGGGCUGCAGCCGCCUCCGAGCGCGAACAGCUACGUCGCUGAGCCGCGCGGUGGUCAUAUAGAAGUGACCGAGCGCGCAGACGGAAGCGUCGUUUGGCAAGUUAUUGCUGGCCUCACUGAUCGCGCCAGCACGUACAGCGCGAUGUCUGGAGGAUUUGUUGGUGGGCACAGCCGUGCCGCAAGCGAUACCAGCCAGCUUUCUUUCCGGCCACCACGAGACAGCAUGGUGGAUGACUCUACGCCGGACCCGCAAGCACGCACCUUCACCGGCCUUACAAGCGACGACAGUCGCAGCUUCUUCGCUCGUUCGCGAGGCGGCAAAGAGCAUCGAAAGAGCUUCUCAUUUGACGCUUCAAUUCCAUUACCACCGCUGCCCACCACCAUAGCGAAGUCCCGCACAGCGCGCUCCAGCACGGAUCCGAACAAUUCUACUGCUGAUGAGGCCCUCGAAGGUGGUCCCCACGACAUGCCGCCAUUGCCAGUCCCUGAAGGAGCUGCGCAGCCUCGAGUCUCGCCUUCAGCAUCGCGUCCCGAGCAGCUGGGUUUCGACAUGGCCAACACUGCGCCUGGUGAAGGGGCAACGCGCAUCGUCUACACCGACGACGCUGAUCUGGCCGCUAUCAUCGAAGCAAUGAGCCGAGGUGGCGAUGCCGCUAAAUUCGAAUUCAGCCGCGUGCCUGGCAGUGCCGCUUUCCAAGGCUUCCUCGAUGCGUCCGACCAACCAUCGCGCCCGGUGAGCACAUGGACCGGAGCAAGUGCAGAUUCUGGUGAAGCCCGCACUCAUCGUAUGAAGAUUGAGGCGGAGAUUUUCAACCUCUUGCAAACGGAUGGCAAUCUGAGGGCCUCCACGGAUUGA